AUGCAGCACACCUGGAUCGAGGGCAAUUCCCCUGUCAAGUGUGACAGAUGCCACAAGAGCAUCAAGUGCUACCAGGGCAUCACCGGUCUGCACUGCGUCUGGUGCCAAGUCACCGUGAGUACGCGGGCGGGGGGNNNCGUGAAGCCGGAGUGCGACGGGGGCCCGCUGCGGGACCACAUCUUGCUGCCUUCCUACAUCUGCCCUGUCGUCCUGGACAGGCAGUCCCACUGCCGGCGGUCAGAGAGUGACUCCCCUGCCAGCACCAGCCCCGAGGACAACCAGGGCUUCAAGUUCAACUCCACAGGGGACGGGCAAGGUCUGCAGAUCAGCCCCCGGCCUGGGACGCAUCCCCUCCUGGUGUUUGUGAACCCCAAGAGCGGAGGAAGGCAAGGGGAGAGAGUCCUCCGGAAAUUUCACUAUCUGCUCAACCCGCGCCAAGUGUACAACCUGGACCGUGGUGGGCCCGCACCGGGGCUCAGCUUCUUUCGGGAUACUCCGGAUUUCCGCGUCCUGGCGUGCGGAGGGGAUGGCACGGUGGGCUGGAUCCUGGACUGUAUAGACAAGGCGAACUUGGCAAAACACCCGCCGGUGGCCGUCCUGCCCCUGGGAACAGGCAACGACCUGGCCCGGUGUCUGCGCUGGGGAGGAGGCUAUGAAGGAGGCAACCUGAUGAAGGUCCUGAAAGACAUCGAGCACAGCACAGAGGUGAUGCUGGACCGCUGGCAUAUCGAUGUUGUUCCUAGCGACACAGAGGACAACGGAGACCCUGUCCCCUCCACCAUCAUCAACAACUACUUCUCCAUUGGGGUGGAUGCCUCCAUUGCCCACCGCUUCCACGUCAUGCGAGAAAAGCACCCUGAGAAAUUCAACAGCAGGAUGAAGAACAAGCUGUGGUACUUUGAAUUUGGGACAUCGGAGACCUUCGCGGCCACCUGCAAGAAGCUCCAUGACCACGUCGAGGUGGAGUGCGAUGGGACCCUGCUAGACCUGAGCAACACGUCCCUGGAAGGGAUCGCCGUCCUCAACAUCCCCAGCAUGUACGGCGGCUCCAACCUCUGGGGCGAGACCAAGAAGCAGCGCAGUUACAACCGGCUGGGGAGGGAAACGCCCGGGGAACAGC